CUUUGAAGGCGCACAGGAGGCGGUCAGAGCUUGGCUGGAGAGUGAGGGAUUUCUAAAAGAUUUAUGCAGGAAUGAUUGCAAAAAAAAUAUAGAAAAGCAUCAUGCAAAGCCGUAUGCAUUUAGCCUCAAAUGAACCACAAGCGACGGUGUGUGUUUCGUCCGACAGUAUUAACCUUUUAACGAUACUGCCACAUCAGCAACGCUGCCAUUAACCAACCAGAUCAUCGGUUACUCGUUUCAACACAAAACCCGGUAAUAUCCUACAUUGAAAACCCGAAUCAAAAUAACCCUAUUACAUCUCAUGAGGGCAUUUCAUCGUCUGUAGAGGAUUCGUUAUUUGAAAAGUGUUAGUGAUGGCAGACAGCAUCAUGAGUAAAGCUGCCACGAUGGAGAUCCCUAUUAACAGCAACGGGGAUACGGGGAGUCUGGCAGGGGAUGACAGCCUCGAGCAGGCUGCACAGAUUCAAUGGAGCUUAGAUGAGAAGGACUUGCAGCAGGUCAUGGUGUCCGGACCCAACCUGAACGAGACCAGUAUUGUGUCCGGGGGCUAUGGCGGCCCAGCUGGGGGGAUCAUCCCAACCAGCUCGAUCAAAGGCCCAGCAGUUCGUUUCAACCCCGAAUAUUUGGCCCGAAGGAGAACUCCUGAGCAGAGAACAGGUGUCGACAUCCGCAUGAAGGCCCGCGCCGCUAACGUCCAGCACAGCCCCCCGUCAGGUCAUCCAAUCACCAGCAUGAUUCAGCAGCACCCAGGCUCCAUGCACCACAGCCCUAGCGGCUCCGGGCUGGCGUCAGAGGAGGUGGCCCGCGGCGUCGCCGUGGAGAAGCUGGACAGCGUGAAGAAGUGGGGCAUCAACACCUACAAGUGCACCAAGCAGAUGCUGUCGGAGCGGUUUGGCCGGGGCUCCAGGACCGUGGACCUGGAGCUGGAGGCGCAGAUCGAGGUGCUCCGGGAGACCAAGGUGAAGUACGAGCAGGUCCUGAGGCUGGCCACCGCCCUCAUCAGCCACUUCAACAACAUGGUGCAGACACAGCAGGCCCUGGGAGACUCCUUCGCCGACCUCAGCCAGAAGUCCCCUGAGCUGCAGGAUGAGUUUGGUUACAACGCCGAGACCCAGAAGCUGCUGUGCAAGAACGGAGACAGCCUGCUGGGAGCCAUCAACUUCUUCGUCUGCAGCAUCAACACCCUGAUCAACAAAACCAUGGAGGACACCUUACUGACCAUCAGACUGUAUGAGGCUGCUAGGCUGGAGUUCGAUGCGUACCGGUCGGACCUGGAGGAGCUGAGCCUGGGGCCCCGAGACGCAGCGGCGGCGAUGAGGAUCGACGCCGCCCAGCAGGACUACCACCUCCACCGAGACAAGUACGAACGCCUCCGCAGCGACGUCACUAUCAAGCUCAAGUUCCUGGAGGAGAACAAGGUGAAAGUGAUGCACAAACAGCUGCUCCUCUUCCACAACGCCAUCUCCGCCUACUUCGCUGGCAACCAGCAGCAGCUGGAGCAGACUCUGGUCCAGUUCAACGUCAAGCUAAAGCCCGGAGCCGACAAACCCUCCUGGCUUGAGGAACAGUAGACUGCAACAUGCGGCAUACCUGGUGGGGGCGGAGAUGGAGGUGGUGGGUGGGCCGGGACUGGGGGGUCUGACGGUAACGAAGUGGACUAAUUGGAGGUUUUAAGACGCUUGUUGGUUAUGGGGAAGUAUGUAAAGAUGAUGACUUGUCUUGUCCAAUCAAUAUCACUUGGCUUUCAUAGAUCGUGCAAUGAUUUCGAUUCCAUUUUGAUUAUUUUUGUUUUGUUUGUCCGUUGAUAUGUCAAAAUUAUUUCCUACCACUUUCGUAUGCGUUUUAUUUGCAUUACAAUUAACUUUAUCGUUCAAUCAUUUGCCAUGUGUGUCCCGUUAUUGUUUUCCGUGUUGAUCACCAACCUGUGGAGGAAUUCACCGACCAGUGAUUCAAGGUCUUAUUCUUCAGUUUAUCCGUUACUCAUUCUCAGACAUCCAGAGAAUCUGUUAACACGGAAAGAGACAUUUUCAUGAAUUUAGAACCAAUGAAAAUCUAUCAAUAAAACAAAAUGGAUUGCCUUUCUGAACUUGUCCCUGAAAGAAGGUCCACCCUUGGGAUAACUAACUUCUUGGUUUAGCGUAUGUCUAUUUUUUCUGCUGUUCCUGAUUCAAAAGCAAAUACGUCUCGAAGCAUGUAAAGAAUAUUUUUGGUGAUGUUUAGUCAGGCCUUGCACCAGAAGCUCAGAAAGACUAUUUUUAUGGCUUGGAUGUCUUGCUUUGAAUUGUGGGGUAGCAAUAUCAUUAUAAAAGAGUACCCCUCUGUAAUUAUGGGUGAGAAAUAACAAACUUGACGAUAGGUCGGAAUUGGCGAUAUGACACUUACAGUAUCACAUGUUGAUGUAAUGCUUUCUUCAAGGACACAAGCUUUUUGAUUUCGUAUUUUUCUAUUUCCAAUUACUUACUUAUUUCUUUUACACAGGUACAAGAUUUGUUGUAGUUUUAUGUUAUGUUUUCUGUUUUGUCAUAGUUUAUUUUCUGUGUCUAAUGCUGUAUGUAUCUUUUGAAUUGUGUUGAAGAUACUUCACUGUCUACUUUUGUUUUUGUAUAGUCCGAAAGAUGUAUGGCACUUUGUGAUGUACAUGAAAAUACAUUCUAAUAUAUCGAAA